AUGACUGGUGGAAAGUCCGGCGGCAAGGCUAGCGGCAGCAAGAACGCGCAGUCCCGUUCCUCUAAGGCUGGUCUCGCCUUCCCCGUUGGCCGUGUUCACCGUCUGCUCCGCAAGGGCAACUACGCCCAGCGCGUUGGUGCCGGUGCUCCCGUCUACCUCGCUGCCGUUCUCGAGUACCUCGCUGCUGAAAUCCUCGAGCUUGCUGGUAACGCCGCUCGCGACAACAAGAAGACCCGUAUCAUCCCUCGUCACCUCCAGCUUGCCAUUCGCAACGAUGAGGAGUUGAACAAGCUCCUGGGUCACGUCACCAUCGCCCAGGGUGGUGUUCUCCCCAACAUUCACCAGAACCUUCUUCCCAAGAAGACCCCCAAGACUGGAAAGGGCAGCCAGGAGCUGUAA